AAAAAUAAGUUCUUUGAUCCAGUUUUUUUAAUAGAUUCAACUGCUAAAGCAGAGACAGCUACUGCAAACUUUAAUGUUGUUCAUGGUUCUAUAGCAACUGAGAUCUUACUAGUUAAAGAUAAAUCUAAACAAUGA